AUGACCCCAAUUUCCAUAAACAAGAUAGUCGGUUUUGAACUCCUUUAUCGUACCCUAGUUCUUCAACCAACUAUUCCGGAAUUCAAGUACUUCUUCAAUGCUUUUACCCAAUCUGGGACUCGGACCCUUUCUCGUCGGCAGGGAGUCCCUACUCUUAAACACAACAAGAAAUCCAAGAAAAAUUGGCAGGAUAAGUUUCUAUGGGUGAACAACGACCUUGUGGAGCUAGCAGAUGCCCUGGAGAAGAUCAACAUCAAAGGUCAGAACUGGCUCGACUACUUUUCGGCCACCAGUGGGAUGAGUGUUGCUUGGAGGGCUCGUGGGGAAAUGCUUGAGUUAUUCGUCGAGAAAGAAGUAGUAGAGGAGGUUAUCUCCUUGGAGAAACCUCUUCAAGGUCUAUUCGACGGUGAUCUUCAUCUUCGUUAUGACGACCUUGUAGAGACUCUUCCACCCCCUAUUUCUGGCUGA